AUGUCUGGCUAUCGGCCAGGCCACGAACAAGGCCACGAUCCUUAUAUCGGCUAUGCUGCUGCACAUCCAGAAGCUCAUCCCGAAGAACGCGGUUAUGCCUCCCAUGUACAAGAGCUCCAGCACGUGGGCGCCCAGGGCCUCGCGCCCCUACACGAGCAGCAUCUUGCGGCGCAGCAGCAUCAUCACCACCACCAGCACCAGCAACAGCAGCAGCAGCAGCAACAUGCGCAACAACAUCAUCAGCAACAGCACUCGGCAUACACCGAGCAUCCCAUGGCCCACCACCAGUCUCCUCCGUUCGGUGGUGGGCAGGGGAUGGCGUACGGGCCCCCGCGGCGACAGCAACCAGCUGGGACGAAGAGGGCGCGUCCCGAUGAUCUGGAAGCCGAGAUGGAAGGACUCACCGGGCAGCAAAUGCAGAUGGUAGGAAUGCAAGGCAUGUCUUCGCAAAUGCCUCCGCAGUCCAUGGUGGGAGGAGAUGGCUACGAUGCGCAACCGAUGCAAUACCACAGCCAUGCCCUGCCGAACCAAGGGCACCGCUCCAAGAUGCCGCGGAUGAGCGACAAUGAUUCCGUGACUGGGCCGAGCGUGGUCGGGCAGGAGGGGAUGCCACAACCUGCGCCUCGGCCUCGCGGACCGAAAUUAAAGUUUACUCCCGAGGACGAUAGUUUGCUAGUGGAUCUGAAGGAGAACAAGUCGUUGACCUGGAAACAAAUUGCCGAGUUCUUUCCCGGGCGAUCCUCAGGCACCUUGCAGGUGCGGUACUGCACCAAGCUGAAGGCUAAAACAACACAGUGGACUGAGGAAACGGUUCAGAAACUCCGGACGGCACUGCACGACUACGAGCAGGAGAAGUGGCGCAUUGUGGCACAAAAGGUCGGCACGGGCUUCACGUCGGCGGCGUGCAAGGAGAAGGCUAGUGAAUUAUAA